AUGUGGCUUUGCCAUGCAGAGGAGCUGUGUCCGCCGCUGCGGGACGAGAACCUACUUGGGGACAAGUUUGCAAACGUGACGGGUUUCAACCUCAUCCAAAGGUUCGAGCUGCUGAAGAUGUCGGCCGUGAAGAAGAUCCGCAACCCCAAGGGGCCGCUGAUCCUGCGGCUGGGCGCCGCGCCGCUCGUGCAGCCCACGCAGCGGCUGCUCCCCCGCGGGCUGCCCCCCGAGUUCACGCUCGUGCUCACCCUGCGCCUCAAGAAGAACAGCAGCAGCCAGGACUGGUACCUCUUCCAGGCCACCGACCGCCAGGGCUACCCCCAGCUCUCGCUGGCCCUGCACGGCCCUGAGAAGAGCCUCGAGCUGCAAGUCACACUCGGUCCCCCGGGCCCAAAGGGCACAAAGGGAGAACGUGGCCUGUCCGGCCCCCACGGCACCAAGGGGGAGAAAGGUGACCGCUGCGCCGAGGGCCCGCGGGGCGAGAAGGGGCAGCGCGGGGACGCGGUGAGUGCUGCUCCGCCGGGGGCUCCGGGACCCUCCGGAGCCGUGGGGCCGGGAUGGGAUGUGCUGGGCUCCCCGGAGCGACUGGCGCUGACGGGCAGAAGGUAA